AUGGCGGACGGGAAUUACUCCGAAGAGGUGAAUGUGGCCGUGAGGGUGGUCCACAUGGCCUGCUCGCUCUGCGAGAAGGUGCAGAGACAACUGAUUUCUACGGAUUCUGAUCAGGUUAAGUCCAAAGACGACGAUUCACUAGUGACUGUUGCAGACUGGAGCGUCCAGGCCACUGUGAGCUGGUUGCUCUCGAGAGCCUUCGGCAGCCGAAACAUCUCAAUCAUUGCCGAAGAAGACAUCCAAACCUUAUCCAAAUCCGAGUCGUCCUCUCUACUAUCAAACGUCGUUAAUGCAGUGAACGAGUGCCUAGAUAAGGCACCCCAGUUCGGUCUCCAAGGCCCCAAAAGCCCGCUUGGCCCAUCCGAGAUUCUUGACACCAUCGGCCGAUGCAGCUCACGCGGGGGACCAUCGGGCCGGCACUGGGUCCUCGACCCGGUUGACGGUACCCUUGGGUUCGUCCGUGGGGACCAGUAUGCUAUUGCCCUUGCCAUGAUCGAUGACGGGCGGGUUGUGGUCGGAGUCCUCGGUUGCCCGAAUUAUUCGGUGAGCAAAGAUGGUCUGAACGAGUAUAAUAGGUCGGGGGGUUUAUCUGGUGAGGCAGGGUGCGUGAUGUACACGUGGGCAGGCAGUGGAAAGGCCUGGAUGCAGCCUCUGGUGAAAUCUGACGAGGCUUUUGAUUGGCCGAAUAGUGCGAGGCUUGUGAAGGUUUCGGACGUUGAUGACCCAGCCAUGGCGACAUUUUGUGAGCCAGUUGAGAAAACGAACACAAAUCACUCACUUACAGCUGGCGUUGCUAACACAAUUGGGUUGAGGAACAAGCCCUUGCGGGUUUACAGCAUGGUUAAAUAUGCGGCCAUAGCCCGAGGGGAAGCCGAAAUAUACAUGAGAUUUGCGAGGGCCGGUUAUAAGGAGAAGAUAUGGGACCAUGCGGCCGGUGUUCUCCUCGUCCAGGAGGCUGGUGGAGUGGUCACGGAUGCCGGAGGCUGCCCGCUCGAUUUCUCCAGAGGAAUAUAUCUUGAAGGACUCGACAGGGGCAUAAUUGCCUGUUCUGGGGUUAAGCUGCACGAGAAAAUAAUUGGGGCCGUUUACGCCAGCUGGGAGUGUUCUAACCUGUAA